CUAAGUAAUCCAGUCUGAUCGCUGAUCGUCUGACAAAAAGAAAGAAAAAGAAGAAAAAAAAAAACGGACUAACAAGACGGGAGAUAUCAACACAAGCAAACCGUCUCCGCUUAACUUAACACUGACAAAAUGAAAGCAAUAAGUCCCGUGCGGUCCUUCCGGAAAAACAACGCGAAUUUAUCAGAGCACUCCUUGGGAAUCUCUCGGAGCAAGACCCCGGUGGAUGACCCGCUUAGCCUGCUGUACAACAUGAACGACUGCUACUCCAAGCUGAAGGAGCUGGUGCCCAGCAUCCCCCAGAACAAGAACGUCAGCAAGAUGGAAAUCCUGCAGCAUGUCAUUGACUACAUCCUGGACCUGCAGAUUGCGCUGGACUCCAGUGUCGCACUAACCAGCCUGCAUCACCCCGCGCGGCCGGGGCAGACUCCUUCCAGAACCCCUUUGACCACCCUCAACACAGAUAUCAGCAUCUUGUCAUUACAGUCCCCGGACUUGCCAUCAGAGCUGAUGACAGAUGACAGCCGGACUCUGCAUCGUUAAAGCGGUGUUUGGUCAAGACGCAAAAAACACACACACAGGACCUGGGGAGCAGGACUUUCCCCCCUCCAGCCUCUGUCCUCCAGCCCUGGAUUUCAACCCCUCCUCUUUCUUCUGACGCUGAAAUCAAGAGACUUUUGCUUAUUAUGGGACAAUCUUAUGUGAUGUGUUUUUCUGUUUGGACACUUCAUUAUUAUUUAACUUAAGACUUUUUUUUUUUAUUAUUAUUAUUAUUUGAGUCCUUUCUGGAAAUGGAAGGCGCGUUAUGUUCCCUGCAGCGGGAGGAAAAACGAGAUUAUUGUCACAAGGAUUAUUUCCCCUCCCUCCUCUCUCCCCCCCGCUUUGCCCCUCUCCUUGUUGAACUCUUCGCAUUUUUUUGCGAAGGUGGGGAACGUGUAGAAACAGACAUGGUUAGUUAAUGUAAAAAGUUUAGUCUUGUCUUGUCAGAGUUGUUGGCACAUGAAGGACUGGACGAUGUUUAAAUCAAAAG